AUGGCAAAUCAGCUGCAGUGUGAAUCCGACCAUUCGUCUUGUACCAACAACAACAACAACUAUGACACUCAUGACGAUGCGGCAGUGGAAAUGGCGAGUCCUGCUUGUUACCGCGGCAUAAUACCCAACGCCAAUGGGUAUGCUGACGAUGGCUUUGACCGCUUCUUGAAGGAGAAAGAAGAUAUAGCACCAUCCAACACGUUACAAGCUGAACAUGAACAUGAUACGCCGUCGUUUGCUGCAUCUGGGUCAAUGACAUAUUCUGCAAGCUCAGAACAAGAUUCUUGUGGCACACUAUCGCGAGACGGAAUGGAUGCCGUUGAUAUGGACGACGACGACGACGAUGGUUUCGGUGACUUUGAAACGUUUACAUCACCUUCAUCUUCUACUAUUGAACAAAAUGAUGUAGUAUUCAGUACAAUGGAUGAAGCACUCGAUCAAUGGAAGACGCUGCUAGCAAAAGUAUUCCCUGGGUCUCCUUCACCUAAAGUGGAUGAAGAUUGGGUUGGAAAUGAUAUGACCAGUAUUCGUCGCUAUGUAUUGGAGGAGGCACAUGAGUCUAUUCACAGUCGAAUAACAUGGACAGCUGUUACACAUGCCAUGGAUGAUGAUACAGGUGUACCCAAAGUGAGAUGGAACCAUUCCAAGAUUGAGGAUAUGUAUCUAUCGGCUUUGAAUUGUAAAAGACAAAAGGAUCCCGUGCCGUUAGUCCCCUCUACACUUUCCAUUACUGGUGAACCCGAUCGGGAUGAUAUUCCAUCAACACCCCCUCCAAUGACAGCUCCAUCCACUUUUCCUGAUACCCAGCAGUCAAAGCAGCCUACGACUCCUUCUUCCUCUCGACGAAGCAGCUUUGGUUUCUCAUUUGCCAGAUUUUUACCUCGAUUAUCCACCAGUUCUCUUCCACGUUCAGAUUCAUCAGCGCCCACAUCCGCCUCUUCUCCAACAACAAACAAACGAUUUUCUUUGUCAAGUCAUCCAGCACGUAUCAGCAAUGAUAUUAUUGGACGCACGUCACCAACACCAUCCUCUCCUCCACCUCCUCCUGAAAUUGCAAGCAAUAGCAAUCCAUUAUCCAAACCAACAAUGAUGCAUAAUAUACAUCAUUCAUCCGCCACAAUGAAACGACACAGCAUGCCAAUUACUACAACUAGAACAACUACAAUGAAGAUCAAUACAUCACUCGCCAAUCAAAAUCUUCUCGAUCUCGAUGAUGAUGAUGGUGUCACCAUCUCAAGUCCACCUGCUGCACGCUCUUUAUUCUCGUUUACACCCCUUACACCUACCGCAGUGUAUCAUUCAAUACCACCAGCAACCACUCAAUCUUCAAUACCUGAAAACAAACAACAACAAAAUCUGGAGGAGGAUGAUUUUGGGGACUUUGAACAAGCUACCAUGGAGAACGACAACAAGGCUGGCUCGGCAACGACGGCAACAACGCAUGUACAACAAUCAGAUACCACCAAGGAGGAUGACGAUUUCGGCGACUUUAUGCAAUCUCACGAUACCAAGAAUGAUGACGAUGACUGGGGAGAAUGGAGUAGUGCAUAA